GCCUACUAGUUCGACAGCACUCCGUCCAACGCAGGUCGCUUCAUCUGGAUGACAAUAACCCUUCCUCUACACACGGGAUACACAAGAUGUUGUGCAGUGAUUGCAGUGAGUACCAUCAGCUACGUCUGUGCGCUUCCUAGGACAAGCUCUUUUAUCGAAGCACGAACCACUUAUGACCGCACGGAUGGGCCUUUUGCACAGCGAAAGAUCCGAUAGCUCUCGGCGGAUCGGCAGCACUAUCACACUAUGGCUUGCAGGAUGAAUGGUCGCCGCAAUCGAUCCUGGUGGCCUUGAUAACGAAGAGGUUAAUGGCUCAAGCAGCUUUCUUUCUUCAGCUGGGUUGAUGAACUGUUCACGAGUGCACGGUCUCUUAAAACCAGGGCUUCAAUGCGCACAGGCUCAUCUCAGUGGAGCUUUCACGUACUGGGCUGUUCUCAUAUGGCUUUCGAUUCACUCAAUCUCAUGCAGCCCCGGCAAUGUUCCAUUCUGCAAGACGUACUGACUGGCUAGACUCAUCACCAAUCGAGACAAGUAAGAAAGCAAAGAUGGCGCUUUGUACAUCGCUUCUCGGUGAUAUAAACACGGCUCGACCCCAGGGUCUCUCUGUCCAUCACUGAUGUACAUCAAGGUUCUCUAGCCGACUUUCAUUCCAUUCGCACACAAUGGCAUACAAGAAAAGAUUCCACUUUGGCCGCACAGGAGCGGUGAUGGGUUUCCUGCCCGAGGUUCAUCGAAACAAUCUAACCGCAUUCAUUGCUGAGCUUGCUGGCACAUUCUUAUUCCUCUUCUUCGCGUUUGCCAUUGCCCAAGUGGCACAUACCCCUCCUCCAACGGAUGCGAAUGCUGCACCAGAUCUUCUCGUCGUCUUCUUCAUCGCCCUUGGGUUCGGCUGCUCUGUUGCCAUCAACGUUUGGCUCUUCUAUCGAGUGAGUGGAGGGAUGUUCAAUCCUGCGGUCACUCUGACGCUUUGUCUCAUUGGGGCUGUCCCAGCAUCAAGAGGUGCUGUCGUCUUCCUUGCACAAAUGUUAGGAGGAAUUGCUGCCGCAGGAGCCGUGUCUGCCACAUUGCCAGGCCCUAUGGCUGUCAACGUUCGACUUGGUGGUGACUGCUCCAUCGUUCGAGGCCUCUUCAUCGAAAUGUUCACAACACUGCAGUUGGCCUUCUCAGUCAUCAUGCUAGCAGCUGUCAAACACAAGGCCACGUUUCUCGCACCCAUAGGGAUUGGAAUUGCGCUUUUCAUUGGACAUAUGCUCAGUAUCUACUAUACCGGCGCCGGAAUCAAUCCUGCUCGCGCUUUCGGUCCGGAUGUGAUCACACAUAACUUUCCAGGAUACCAUUGGAUUUACUGGGUCGGGCCGUUGCUGGGAGCUCUGGUGGCGGCAUCAUUCUUUUAUCUUCUUCAAGCUCUCGAAUGGGACACCGCGAACCCUGGUCAGGACUACGAUGAUCUCGAGGUCCAGAUGAUGAUGCCUCAUAAAAAGACGGCGAGACCAAACGUCGCGCAUGCGCCUCCAAAUACAGGGUACCAUGUGGGAAGCACUUCGUCGGACAAGGAGGCAUUGGCACAGAGGGCGAGCCAUGGGACCCCUUCACCUUGAGCGAGAUACUUGCUUGAAACCUGUUUCCUGGCAGGGCCCAAUAUAACUAUACAUAUGCAGGCUGAAAAUGCUUACACGGAUGAAAAGCUUGUGUUGGUGCUGCUCGAGGAGAGAUGGACUUUGUUCACGCUAGGCGAAGACCGUUGAGCACUUCCUCAUAUGUAGUGUAAUGGAUUUUGCGAGAUUGAGCCCCGGAUAGGCAAGAAGUUAACACUUCCCUUUGCUGUAUGCUGUCAAGAUCACCAUGACUUGCGCAGAGAUGUGGAAGCGUGGGUCUGAGCAAGUGUCCGCGGCUUCGGUAGCACGGCCCGUCCUGACCUGAACCGGGAUCUCACAGACAUUUGCUACCUCGGUCC